UUUUUUUUUCGUUAUGCCUCCACUACAAAUGAUGCAUCACUCAUGUGAUGUGCAAAUAGCAAAAUAAGUAUUGGAACACCAUAUGAAAGGAGCGACAGGCGGCGACGGACGUCACAGAAAAGCCAAAACAAGGAGGUGCUUUUCGUCAGUACAGUCGAGUAUCUAUACUGCUGGCAAAUUGCUGCAGUGUCAAGGUGUUAUUGCGGCAUGGUGUGAAUACAAUUAACGAAUUCAUCAUGUCAGAGAUUGCGGGGAUUCCCAUGACUUCAAAACAUCUGCAUAGAUAGACUUAAAGUUUUACCACCUUAUUCCAGAUCCUCUGCUGGCAAGAUGUUGGAGGGAUUGGCAACAUGGGUUCUCAAUAACUACUUGGGAAAGUACCUAGAAAACCUGAACACAGAUCAGCUCUCCAUUGGCCUCCUUAAAGGGGAAGUAGAGCUGGAAAAUGUACCACUCCGGAAGGAUGCAUUGCGACACCUGGACAUGCCCAUGGAGGUGCUGGCGGGCUUUGUGGGUCGUGUCAAGCUGCAGAUCCCUGUGUCCCGCCUGCGCUCUGAGCCAUGGGUGAUUAAAUUUGAGCAGCUUUACUUAGUGGCUGGGCCCAUCAAGUUGGAGGAGUUUGAUGAAGAGGCUGAGGCAGCAGCAGCACAGGCUCGAAAAAUCAGUCAACUAGAUGCACUGGAGGCUGCCUGGCGGGCUGACCAGGAAGCAUGUCAUGAGGCUUCCCACUAUGCCCACUCGUACUCCUCUUGGCUCAGCUAUGGCACUUCCUUCAUGACCAACAUUAUUGAAAAUAUUCAGCUCAAGAUCCGAGAUGUCCAUCUUCGCUAUGAGGAUGACCGCUGCAUUCCCAACCAGGUGUUUGCUUGUGGUCUCACAAUCGAUUCCCUUGCCCUGCAAAGCUCAGAUGAACAGUGGAGACCCCGAUAUGUAUUUGGAAGUGCCUCAAAGAUGGCCUAUAAGUUGCUGGAGCUGACCAACAUGGGUCUCUACUGGGACACCUCUGCUUCUCUCUACAGUGACAAGCCUCUGGCAGAACUAACGACCCUUAUGUUGUCUGGCAUUGAAAAACGUGACCAUGAAUACCUGUUAUCCCCGGUGAGUGCCACGGCCUGUGUUAAACGUAACCUGUGUGAAGCUCCCCUGCGCUCCCGCUCCAAUCCACGCAUCAGCUGUGACCUCAGGCUGGACAAGUUUCCCCUCAACCUUGACGAGACACAGUACCGCCAGCUGGUGCGUUGGAGUCGUGAGUAUGACCGUCUUGAUCUUGCCCGCCACUACCGCAAGUGGCGGCCAGCUGUCCCAGUACGAGAGAAUGUACAAGAAUGGUGGCAAUUUCCAAUCCAGUGCCAUCUGGAGCGUAUUCACCGCACCCAUGCUGGUAGGACCUGGCCAGCCACUUUGCAAAGGGCCAGGGAUAUUGUGAGGUAUGUUGAGGUAUACUGUGAGCAUCUGAAGCAGCCAGCUACAGUGCCAGCAGAACACAAAGCCCAGAAGCUGAGAUUAGAGCAAGCCUUGGGUUUUGGGGAGUUGUGUGCACUACGAGAAGUGGCCAUGGCUAGAGUGGGUAGGGAAAUGAAGGCCAGGCAAGACAAAGACAUCCAGCCUUCUGCCUCACUCUCCACCUCUCCAACAUAUAGUGGGGAGGGGAUUCUUCAGCGCUGGUUUCCUACCUGGGGAGGGUGGUACACCUCUGAGCCAGCCAUGGACACAGAGGAAACCAACAAAGAAGAGGAAUUGGAUCCAACAGCUAAAGAAUGCCCUCCUCCCAAGACAGAUCCUUCAGGGACUGAAGAGGUGUCUGGGUCAUUGGAGGAGGAAAUCCUGUAUGUUCUGUCUGAUACUGUUGAGAACAACACCUUCAUGAAGAGAGAUGCUGUAUUCUGCAAGAUCAGCUUUACCCUGAAGCAAAGUUCUUUCUGCCUUUCCUCCAGCAGAGGUGGAGCUGAAGAUCUGGAAGGAAGAGCUGAACUGUUUGAGCUGGAGUUUGCUGAUGUGAAAAUGGGGCUUGAGUCUCGGCCAAGGAGCAAAUCCUACAAGUUCGACAUUGAGUUGGGAUCCCUGAUGCUAAAGGACAAGGUGACUCCUGAUACAGUCUUCCCUCAGCUGCUAUCACCCCAGAACCGUGCACCAGUGCCAUCCUUCACCAGUGCUCUCUCCCGUACCUCCACCAUGUAUGCAAAGCUGACCAGCAUCAUAUCCCCAGCACAAACCAAGUCUCAGGGACCACUUUUCUCACUGUGCUAUGAAUGUCGACCAUUCAACUCAAAGGCUGAUCACAGACUGGUGAUCACCUCAUCCGCGCUAGAUAUGGUGUACAAUCCUGCUGCACUGGAUGCCAUUAAAGUAUUCUUCACUCUUCCCUAUUACAAAAGGGGUGUUGGAGGGGACUAUGGCCUCACACCCCAGAUGGCAGCACUCACCUCUGCUGCCAGAAAGAGGUAUGAAGAGCUAAAAGAACAGACCAAACAGGAGUUGAAGAGGAAUUGGGAGCAGAUGAUGGAAGGAGAUAUGGUAAAUCGGAAGAGAUGGGAUAUCAAAUUGGACAUCUCAGCUCCACAAAUCAUCAUUCCAGAGCAUUUCCAGGACAAAAAUGCUGUGCUGGUAGUACUAGACUUUGGCAGACUUGUGUUCUGCUCAGCUCAACCUCCCAUGUCUGUGGACACACCCAGGGUAGAACUUGACUUGGCUAGUGAGGAUGAGGAUGAGUUUGCCACUCCAUGCUCCACCCCGGAUGAGUUAGAGAGUAUGUCACCACAGGGGGAGAGGAAGGACAGCCAGGGCAGGAAGGUGUCUGCACCAGAGCUUAAUGCACAGUUCUCAGAAACACUUCUUCAUGAUCGGAUAUAUGAUAAAUAUGAUCUUCGGCUGUCUGACAUGCAGGUGUUAGUUGGCAAGGUGCAUGAUAACUGGCGCUUUGCUUACCUCAAAGGCACUGGUCAUAUGCAUGUGUUAGAUCGCUUCAGUAUCAACCUUCAACUUGAGAGACGUGUGGUGCCAAUACAUGAUGCUCAGCAGCAGUGGCCAAGUGCUACACUGUCUGGCACGUUGCCCAAGCUGGUGCUGCAUAUCAAUGAGCAGAAAGUUCAGGCACUACACAACAUGAUCACCAAGUUUUAUGCAGAUCAACCUCAGGAUACACCAAGGAAGGACUCAGACAUGGAAAACCAUAGAGGGGAUGACUUGAGCAGCAGUGUCAUCAGUGAUAGCAUGACACGAUCCAACACCCUUUACUCCCUUGGUGAUCAGACUGGUAAUGGAUCUCCAAAGGGAACUGCUUCCCCUACUGAUGAAGGGAAAUUGCUGAUGGUUCAAUUCACAGUUGAUCGACUCUCCCUUGAGUUGCAAUCACGCGGCAGAAGCGUGGCAGAACUCCAAGUGACAGGAGUCCGGGCUAACCUGAACAAGCGUCCUCAUGAGAGCACUGCCACCCUCAGUGUGCACUCUCUCCUCCUGGUAGAUGCACUUCAGACAUUUGGGCCAGAUUUUGAGCUUUUAGUGGCCAGCCACAAGCAUGUCAGCAUGGACAGUGUGAGUGGGAGUCUUCUGGACAGUGACCCAUGCUCCCCUACUUCCCCUGCCUCCCCUGACCACAAUGCACCCUUGAAGCUGGCCUCUCCCAUCACUAUCAGCCAUGCUAUUUCCUCCUAUGCAGCAUCAAGGGCUCAGUCACCACCACACUCUUCCCGUAAUAUUCCUUCACCUCCACCUGUUUCCUCUCCAAUGUUUGGUGGUGGUGGUGGUGGUGGUGGUGGGAGCGCCUUGUCCUUCACUGAGGCACGGGACACAGAGGCUCUCAUUAUCUUGGAGGUGACAUAUGUUACAGCUUUGUGCCCAUCUCAGCAGGAUAUGGGAUCACUUUUAGUGGCCUCAGUGCAGUUCAACACUCUAGAUAUUAUUGCUAACCAAGAGACUGUGGUGGAGUUGGUGGGCUUUUUACAUCAACUGUUUCCUCGACCUUCUCUCUCCUCUACUCCGCUCCUCCAUCCACACCACCACCUACCUCCAACAGAAGCAUCUGCUAUGCCUUACACUAUCCCUCAGCAGCCUGAAAGAGAAAUAGGGAGUGGAGUUGAGCAGCCCCAUGUCCCAGGGGUUUCCUAUGUGGCUCCAGAGAAGAGUCCUGUUCGUGGUGAACUCAGCUUUGACUUCCACAAGCUCACUGUAUUGCUCCUACGGGGUGUGUACAAGGACAAGGACUUGGUGGGGCGUAAGGUGGGCACAGCAGUUCUCUCAGAUGCCAAGAUCCAGGCCACUGUCGACAGUGGCAUCCUGAAUGUUGAGGGGUCAUUGGGAGGGUUCCAGGUGCGAGAUGUAACUCCAGAAGGCAGCAAGCACCAGUGCAUCAUCAGUGUAGGACAAGACCCCAUUGUGGAGCGCUCACAGGACCUUUUCUCACACCUCAACAGUGACUUGUAUCGCUCAUACUCAGCUAUGGAUAAUGCUCAUCGUGCUUUCAGUUUCAAGGUCAUCCGCCCAUUGACCUUCACUCAGAUCAACCAAAAGUUGGGUGAGACAGUAGACAAUGAAGAUCUGAGAGUACAGCUGCGUCUUGCCUCUGUCUGCUACACCCACUCACCACACUUCCUGAAGGAGCUGAGGUCUUGUGCCACUGAAUUCAAGCAUUACAUGACUGUUGUGGCAUCUUCCCUCAAGCAUGCUGCCACAGAGAUGGCUAUGGGACUUGUUAGCAAAAGAAUAGAGUCAUUUGCUGGUUUGGCAAGCAGCCAGUGGGAUGCAUCUCCACACCAUCAGCGCCGGCUCAGUGUUUCUCGAUCAACAGACACCUUGAAUCUUCCAGCACCUCCUCCUGCCUCAGCUUCAGGGUCACACUUCAGUCCUGUCAUAGAGGAUGCCACUGAUCUCCCUUUUUCCCUCAACCUGGAUAUUGUGUUGGAGACACCAGUUGUGGUGUUGCCAGAAUCUCUCAACAGUCCUGAUGUAUUGGUGGCUCAUCUUGGCCAGAUCUCCAUCAACAAUGCACCUCAGAUCCAACCCAUAACACCAGCCCUUUCUGCCUUCCCUCCAAGCAAAGUUGCUGAGUACCGGCUGAUAGUGAGGGAUAUGAGCCUUUUCUCCCUCAAUGUAGAGGAAAGACUAAAGAGCAGAGACAGCACCUUCCAGUGGUUCCACAACCAACUGUUGAUUAUUGCUCCACUCUCCACCACAGUGAUGGGAGCAGAGGAAUUAUACAGCUGCAGGGAUCAUGGUUGUCCCAUUCUGCACAGCACUACAGUGGAGAUGUGCCUUACACAUGAGAAAGCUGCAUUCCUCCUUACAGACCUGGAAUCUGGCCUCUAUUUUCCUACUGAUUUCAGUAUUGAUGGCCACCCACCAGCCUCUAGAGACUCAUUACAGAUUGAUGGAGGCAUUGUGACACCUCUGAAGGUCAGUGUUUCACGUCAGCAGUACCGGCAGGUAGUGAAAACUCUCUCCAAUCUGUCUGUGCCCAACACUGAGCAGAAUACUGACCAACCUACUAAAAGUUCUCCAGGCAAGGAGGGAGCCCGAGAAUCUUCAAGUAGCAUUCCUCAAGAGGCUCCAGAGGAUGCACAGAGAGCAAGAGGCAGACAGUCCCCCACUGUUGCUGUCAAAGGGUCAUUCUCAGUACCAAGCAUGUGUGUGGAGCUGAGGGGUGAUGUUGGAGAAAGAGAAAAACCCCUUGUAAACCUGUUGUUGGAGGAGAUCAAAGUUGUCUAUGAAUCCUGUGAACCUUACAAAAACACCACUCAGGUAACACUACGUUCUCUCAUGAUGGAAGACCUGCAGCAGUCAGACACUUGCACUGAACACAAGUUCCUCAUGAACUCGCAUACAGACUCCAUGGAUGCCUCUCCAGAUGACCUUUCUCAAGGCAAUCACCACUUCCAUUUUGAGCGGCAAAUCCCCAAAUUUAUCUCCACCUCCUGUCCUGAACCACAGCAACCCCAUGGACCACUCCUCUUCCCUUCCUCCCUCCCUUCCAAAUUGAGGAUGGAGAAACCCUUCUUCAAGGCUCAGCAGAAACCUGUUCCUUUAACCUCUCCUGCCUGGAAGACUGUGAAAGGCCUCACCAACACCAUGAUGGGAAGCAACAAUGCAGGAAGCCCUUGUACUCCUCCACCCUCACCUAACACUGAGGAGGAGGGAGGCAGCCAUUUCACACAUCGACCACACACUACUCUUGUCACCAUUACUAUUACCAACAUCGACAAAAUGUCACCAGAGUUUCAUAGUAAAUAUGACCAGACUCAUCGGUUCAUUGAUGUGGACUUCAACAGCCUCAACACUAUCAUAAACAUCUCCUCAUGGGUGAUGGUGCUAGACUUCUUCAGCACUGAUGAGGAUGAAGCCAGUCCUCCCAAGGCUGCCAGAGAGCAGGCUCCAAGUGCUGGUGUUAGCAAGAUCAUAUCCACACCAGCCACAGAGGAGUUCAACAGCAUAGUUGAAGUGCAAGUGAGGUUAUUAGGCCUAACCCUGGUCAAAGCAGGUCACCCACUGGCACGGGCCAGCAUCUCUCAAGUGGUGGUGCGUUCAGUGGGGUCAGGUGGCAAUCUUACACUCAAUGGACGUCUGGGUUCCCUCUCCUUGGUGGAUUGCUCCUCUCACAGUCUCCUGUAUCCUGAAAAAUUCAUUACUGCUGGCAGUGAAGCAAUGACUUUCCAGCUCUUCAAGUAUGGCCAUGAGGACCCAGAGAUGCAGCGAGUGUGUGAUGUGCGGCUGAAGCUCAAAAUGUCUUCAGUGAUGUAUCUGCACACUCAUCGCUUUGCAUCUGAGAUAACACAGUUUGUGCAGCAGUUCAACCAGCUAAGGGAUAUUGUGUCCCGGUGGCGAGCAACCAGUGCUGGCCUUAAGGUGUCAGACUUCAGCCGUGGAUCCCGAGUGUCUCUGGACAUCAGUGCUGGGUCCCCAGUCAUCUUUCUUCCCAUGUCCAGCCAAUCAAAUGACCUAUUAAUGGGUGACUUAGGCAGCAUUACCCUCAAGAACACCUUCCUUUGGGCAGGUUCUGAGGGAACCAUAAAACAGGUCCGAGAGCUUGAUACUGGCCCCCAGUCCCUUUCCUCCUUGAGGUUACGACAACAAGGAAGGCAGUCAGAAGCAGCAACCCAAGCACCUUCACAUGCUAAUACUGAGGUGGAUGUGAAUGCAGAGACCAACAUCAAGCCACAUAGGUGUCUCUUGGAUGUGAUGUUUGUCAGUUUAGUUAAUAUGGACAUUCACACUGGCACAAGAUCUCCCACAGGCCAUUCCCAGCGCUACCAGAAGCAGCUUGGGAGAGGGAGUAGCAGUGGUUUGGAAGAUGACUAUACUAAGAAGACAAAUAAUGGUGGAAGGAAUGGGAAAGAGGACAGGAAGGCUAGAAAGAAUACAUCAGUGACAGAGGAAGUGGAAUGGGUGUUUGGGUCAUAUGUGGUGAAAAGAAUUGGUACUUCUCUCCUUCAUGAUAAAUGUGCCUUGGAACUACAAGUGGAGAGGAACCUAGACACAGCCAUCAGCCAUGCAGUGCCAGAUAUCAGCAUUCAUGGCACACUAAGUAAAGUUCACAGCACUAUUGAUACUGCUGAAUACAAGCUGAUUCGUGGAGUGCUCAUGUUCAAUUUGGGAGAGCCUCUGCCUCCACCACCACCUCCAACAUACUUAUACCAGACCCAGCCACAGCAGGUGUGGCCAUUGGUUGAUGUGUGGACUUCCUUCUCCAUCACACUGGUCCUUGACAAUGUGACACUAGAGCUGGACCAUGUGGGGAAACGUGAGGCUCAAGCAUGUUCUCCACUUGCCUGCAUCAACUUCAUACGUUCCAGACUCACCUUUGAGAGUUUUUCAGAUGAAUCAAAAGAUGUUGAUUUAGUCUCACAAGAGAUACUCAUCAGCGACACAAGAUUUGAAGGGUUCCCUGUGAACAAACGCUCCAACAUUUUUACAAACAUCCUCCAGCCCACUCCCCUCAAGAGUGCCAAGAACAACAGUCAGCUGCAGGCAGAAGUUCAUUACAGAUCAACCAAGAAUGUGACACGCUUUACCAUUCUGCUGAACAACAUGCGGCUGAUGGGCAUCCUUUCUUGGUGGAUGGAGGUGCUGGAAUUCAUCUACACCACACCAGACAAUCCUUUCCUUGCAGGAAAAGUCAGCAAGAAGGAACCCAACAAGGAGGAGUCACUUCCCCAAAGCAGUGUGAUCACCUCAGGGGUGCUCUCUUCCAUGCACAGUCCUUCGCCAUGUUCUCCAAUGCCCCACUCUCCAGAAUCAUAUUCCCCUCGUCCACACUCACCUACAUCCACAUCACAAAGGAGCAGAAAUACACGGCUUGCUGUCUUGCCACGCCUCAACCCAAUGGUGGAGUCAACAGGAGUAAUGACCAAGCACACAAUCAUGCAGGAUCAGGGCAAGGUUCCCUUUGAGCUGAAGUUGAACAUCACAGAUUCUGAAUUAGUGGUGGUGGAGAACACAGCUUUAUGGGACACCAGUGCUGUCAUUCUGAAGAGCACAGCGGUUAUCAGCUACAGGCCUCAGCAUCAAGAGCGACCCCUGUCAUGCAACCUCAACCAGUGUGAACUUUACUCCUGCAUCCUUGGUCUGGAGGAGGACACUGCUCUCUCAAUUAUUGAUCCAGUUACUGUUAAUAUUGAGGUGAAUGAUCGUCUCUCACACAGUCGGCCUGUAGACAUCUCCAAUAUGAGUAUGUCUGUCCAGCACACAGUUGAGGUGUGGCUUCAUCAGCUAAACAUUCGGCUCAGUUACCACGAUAUGAAGAUGUUCCAGCAGAUGUUUGAGUCUGUAUCCAAACAGAGGGAGGCCUCCAGGAAACCAGCCAUAGUUAAAGAGAAGAGCCAACCUGCUAACUUUCAAGCUCAAGUAGAGAAGCUGUCUGCACUGGGCUUCCAAGAGGCAGAUUGUCGGCAUGCUCUAGAAGAAUGUGGAGGCCGGCUGGAUGAUGCGGCUCUCUGGCUAACACACAAUGCCCACCCACUGCCUGCCCCCACUCUCCCUACUACUCCUUCCACUCAGGAGAAGGCCAUCAACUUCCAUGCCAUUGAGAUCAAAACUGGUGGUGUGAACAUCUGUGUGAUCGAUGACUGUGGUGAUUGUGAUGUUCCCCUUCUGGAGGUGUCCCUUGCCCAUUUGGGAUUAAAGCAGGAUUGGCUUGGAAAGGGGACUGCCAGCUGUUCUCUCUCUGUGGACUAUUACAACAGGGCACUGUCUGGCUGGGAGCCUUUCCUUGAACCUUGGUUGUGUCGGGCAGAAUGGAACAAGGGCUUAUCAAGGGACCUGAGUGGUGAACGACUGUCCCUUACCAUUACUACAGAGGAAACCAUCAAUAUGAACCUAACCAAUGCCCUUCUUGAUUUGUGCCACACUGUCAAGUCCACCUGGACACAAGACUACUACAACAGGGACAGAUUGGAUGUUGAGGCAUGCAUUGCCUCAGGGCAGGAACACAGGGAAGAAAGUGAUAGCAGCAGUAGUAACAACACAUUCAAGACAGCACUGGUCAGUCCUCAGGGAUACCGACGCCGCUCUCCGUUUAUACCUUUUGGCCUCAAGAAUGACACUGGCUGUGAUCUUUCCUUUGCCACUUUGACCACCACCCCUGACAACAUGAUGGACCUUGAGAGUCCAGGCCAAGCAGAAACUCCAGAGAGGGAGUGGGUCAAAGUUUCAGCUGGCAGUACUGUUCCAUUUUCAUUUGAGGGUCGAGGAAAGCAACGACACCGUGACACCCAUGAACUGAAGGUUCACCAGCUGUUGGUGCAUGUGGAGGGUUGGCAGGAGGUGGGGCCUGUCACUGUGGAUAAGGUUGGGGUGUUCUUCAGAGUUGCUUCACCAGAUCCAGAAAUACCACCCACACAAACCAGUGAAUUGCCAAAUGCCCGGAUAAUAAUAGCUGUCACACUGGAUGGGUCUGCCCGGAAGUUAGUGACUGUGCGAUCAGCUCUGCAGCUUACUAACCUCUUGCACUGCCCUGUUGAUGUGCGUCUGGAGAACUCUGCUGUCAGACUUGGAGCUGCUGCACAGCUCACAAGGCGUAUUGGUCCUGGGACCACCUACCCUGUGCCUCUCAAGUUUGUGGAGCUGCAGGUUAAUGCGCGGCCUGUUCCUAACUGCUCCAAAAGUGUAUUUAGCUUUUCCAGCAAAUCUAUAUUUUGCACAACCUUGCUGAGGCUUGGGUGUCUGGACGGAGGUGUGAGGCAGAGUCGUGCACUCAACAGCAACAAGGAGCCUCCAUUUAGAUUUUGUGUGCACCUCAAGAGAGACAACUUUCCAGCUGAUGCUGAUCCUCCCUCUCCAGGUCCAAAGGUUUCACCCUUCAGUCACUGGGUUCAGCCAGGUCACACCAUUAUGCUAGUGAGCCCUCUCACCAUGGUGAACCUCCUUCCAUAUGAUCUCCAUUAUGAGGUUAAGAUUCCUGGGACUCCAAAGGGUCGAAUCAGGCCAGGAGAAGAUGCCUGCCUCCAUUCAGUUGAUCCAGCAGAAAGUGUUACUCUCAUGUUAUGGACAGACACUUUAAGUCCUUGUGGGGAAAUCUGUCUGAAUCCCUCCUCUUCCCCAUACCUAGUUACUCUCAAGUUGCAGGAUGUCCAGAAGCGUCUCCUCUACUUACACAUCAAAGUUCACCUGCAAUAUGGAGGGGCUCUCAAGGUGGUGGUGUAUGCUAGCUACUGGCUCAUCAACAAGACAGGUCUGCCACUUAUCUUCAGGCAAGAGGGAGUUAGCACUGAUGCAGCUGGUCAGGAUAGUGAGCAUGAGGUUGCUCGCUGUGCAGCACCUUUGCUGUUUUCCUUCAGUGACCGUGAGGCUAACCCAAUGGUUGUGGCUCGUGUGGGUAACCAGUUACAUCCUGGCUCCCAGGCACAGUACUGCCACAAGUUGCCACUGACGCAGGGUACCUGGGUGCGACGUCUCAGAGUCAGCCCGCCAGACAAUCGGCCCGAUCUUGUUUAUAUUGUGGGUGUGGAUGUGAGGCCGGGCCGAGGCAGGUACAGGGACACCUACAUGGUCACCUUUUCUCCAAGAUUCCAAAUUGAAAACCGGUCAUCUCAUGAGCUUAUUAUUGCUCAGAAGAGCUUUACUACUACCUUUAGUGAUCCUUGUGCCCAGUCCACGUGGCUGCGUGCCAUCCCAGGAUGCUGGCUGCCCUUUCACUGGCCACGUUUAGACAAAGAACAGCUCCUUAGUAUCUGCUUGAGAGAUGUGCCUGGCUGUUAUUGGUCAGGUGGCUUCUUCAUUGAGAAAAUAGAUUCUUUCUACCUCAAUAUUAGAGAUAAUGAUGGUCGUUGCUUCUUCCUACGGGUGGAAGUGAUCAUUAGUGAUGCCACCUUCUUCAUUGUGUUCACUGAUGCUGAGACGCUACCUCCUCCUUUCCGCAUUGAUAACUUCUCUGAGGUUUCAAUUACCUUCUUUCAGACAGGCACACAGGAGGAGCGGCUGAGAGCAGUUGUCAAGCCACGAUCUUGUGUGUCAUAUGCAUGGGAUGAAGUGUGCCUGCCUCCCUACCUUACUUGUGUGGCACCUGGUGGCACCUCUGUGACUUACAACAUGAACAUACUUGGAGAGGGAGCGAGGCUCACCUAUGAGAACUUCAUCUACAUUGCCCUCACCGGCACUUUUCGCAAUGCAAGUGGCAGCAGCAGUGGAGAAGAAGACAAUGUGACCUUUGACCCAAGUGCUUUGGAGUGCCAGCAGCUGGUGCUAGAUGUGCCAGAGGGAACAAUGGUCAAACUUUCAAGGAAGGAGAAUGGUAGGCGGUCACAGCUGUGGCGAAUGACCUCUACAGGCAGGCUGCAGCAUGAAGGUUCAUCACCUCCCCAUGACCCCUCCAGUAGGAAGGCUGCCAACAAUGCUGCUUCACUGGUCCUGGAUAUUGCUGGCUGUGCCCCCCAGCCCUCAGAGUAUGUACCCCUGAUGCUUCGCAAACCAGAUGAGCGACGCAGGCUGACCCAGACAUGGCGUUUCACUGAAGAUGGACGGCUUUGUUGCAUUCACGUCAACAUGUUUGUCCAGGCUAAGGAUGGCUUCCUUGGCCUCAUUCCAGGAUCUCAUUCUGGGGGAUCCUGGCAACUGUGGAAUGAUGUGGUGUUGGGUCCACCACAGCUAGUGCAGUAUGACACCCUGGCCAAUGGAGUACCUCUUGAGCAGGCUAUCUCUAGGCAACGGCUUCGGCCAGGUUCUGGGAUGCUGUCUGUAAGGGUGGAUACAGAUGGUCCCACAAGAGUCUUACAGAUUACUGAUGUCCAUAGCAAGGGUGCAUCAGCAGUGGCCCGCACUGAGAGUGGAGACUGGGUGAGCUUGGUGGAAGAGGGAGGAACUACCACCAUAAAAAAGACAAGUGCUGCCACUCAGCAGAGUAAGGAUGAAUCAGGUUUACAUGAAAUGGAGCUCCAGCUGAAGCUGCAGGGAGGCAUUGGUCUCUCCCUCAUCCUGCAGUCACCUCCUGAGGAGCUCAUUUAUGCCAAGCUCACAGAUAUAGUGUUCCAGUACCAAAGUUCUCCUCUCCAGCGCACUAUAGACUGUAGUGUACGGGACAUUCAGGUGGAUAAUCAGCUAUUAGGAGCCCAGUGUCCCAUAGUGCUUUAUGUUACACCACAAAGCAAGAAUGACGAGACCCGAUACCUGCCAGCAAUCUACCUCACUGCUCAUCAACUCCUGUCUUCCUGUACUAAUUCUUAUAUAUUUAAGAAUUUGAACCUAACCAUGAAGAACCUCACCCUCACCUUGGAGGAGAGUCUGGUGUUCAAGUUGUUGCUGUUAGCAGGUUAUGACCAGUCAGACUCUGAACUGGAGAAGGUUGAGGAGCGGCAAUAUGACAUGAGGAGGAUGCUUGCCGCUGCUACCUCUGCUAAUGCCACCAGGUACUACUUUACUAUCCUGGAGCUUCAGCUGAAGCAAGUACGUCUAAGUGUGCUCACCUCCAAGAAACUGAGCUCUGAAUUAAAGAACGUCAAGAGGAAGAUGGGGCUCACACUUGUCAGAUUUGAGCAUGCUAGUGUCAACUUGGAACCUUUUGUUCGACGGCACCCCUUUGAGACCUCUCGUUUUCUUCUUGACUGCAUCACCAAGCACUACAAGGAGGAACUGAAGUCACAGGCAAUGAAGAUCUUGGGAUCCACGGAUUUCUUAGGUAAUCCAUCCGGCUUCUUGGCCGAUGUGAGCGAGGGCGUGAGUGAGCUGGUCCAUGAAGGCUCAGUGGGUGGCCUUGUGUGGAAUGUGACGCAUGGCAUGGCCAACUCCACCGCAAAGGUGACGGGUUCCCUAUCAGAUGCAGUGGGUCAUGUGACAAUGGAUGACAAGCAUGAGGAACACCGUCAGAAGCUACGGUUGAUGCAGACAGCUCACAGUACUGACCAUAUAAUGGCAGGGCUGAAAGGACUUGGCCUGGGACUGUAUGGUGGCCUGACAAGCAUUGUGUCUCAGACCUACACUGGUGCCACACAGGAGGGCCUGCCUGGGUUCAUCUCAGGAUUUGCUAAAGGAAUGGUGGGCACUGUCACCAAGCCAGCCAUUGGCUUAUUGGACUUAGCAAGCAGCACUUCUCUUGCUGUGCGGGAUUCAAGCAAAAACCCUCUGCAGAAGAUGCCAAAUCGAAUCCGGAAACCCAGGCUGGUGGUUGGCCUGAAUGGUUUGAUUCCAAGAUACAACGUAAACCAAGCAGAGGGACAAGAGCUGCUUCUCUCCUUUGAGCACAAUGAAAAUGAAAUCUUCCUUGGGUAUGAUGUGCUGCGUGAAGGUGAAGGAGACAUGAAGGUGUUGAUAUCCAGUCAGCAAGUGCGAGUGUUCAGCCAGAGUGACCCAGCCCUCCCUCCAACUCCAGUGUUGAAUGUGCCCUACAGGGAUCUUUACCACUGCAAGCCUGUCAUUCUGCAAGGGGAUGAGUCUGAAAUUGAGCACAAACACUAUAUUGAACUCACCUUAAAAGCGGAGUGGCCAGAAGGCCACAUUAUUCCACGUCCCUCAGACUUGGCCUACAAACGGCCUAAAGUUCGCUGUGAUUCCCAAGAAAUUGCUCACAAGGUGGCCCAGCAAAUAAAUUAUGCAAGAAACCUCCAUGAUGAGUUGAGGCAGACAUUGCUCAUGCAAGAAGAAGAGACUGUAGAGUGAAUAAACAAGAUGAAGUGAACUUUUACAACCCAAAUGUAUUCCUAGUAAAAUAUAGUUAUAUUUUCUUUCAACUUAUAUUUUGAAAUUGUACUUUUCUGGACUCCAGUUGAGAUCAUACACACUUGUAAAUAUCCAAAGAAUCUUAGUUCUUAAUCAUGACAAAUUGUUGAUGUAAAAUACCAUAUUUUUAUCACUACAAUAAACAUACUGUCUAUUUUUCAUCUGAUAUAUAUAUAUAUAUAUAUAUAUAUAUAUAUAUAUAUAUAUAUAUAUAUAUAUAUAUAUAUAUAUAUAUAUAUAUAUAUAUAUAUAUAUAUAUAUAUAUAUAUAUAUAUAUUCAUGCAUCCAAAAACUCAAAGGAGAUAUUUGAGAUGAGGUGGCAAGAGGCACGUGUUCAUGCACACACACACACACACACACACACACACACUCUUUAUAUAUAUAUAUAUAUAUAUAUAUAUAUAUAUAUAUAUAUAUAUAUAUAUAUAUAUAUAUAUAUAUAUAUAUAUAUAUAUAUUCAGUGGCACCUCGUGAUUCAAACUUAAAUGGUUCUUUGGGCUAUUCAAAUUGGGAAUGUUUGAAUUAGGAAGCAAUUUAUCCCAUUCAAAUUAAUGUGGAAAAAAAAAAAUUAAUCUGUUCCAGUCCAAAAAUCCCCCCUCCCCCCUUUUUUUUCUAAUUUUUAUGGAUUUAUGUUGUGCCCUAAAUAUGAAUUGAAUGAAAAGAAGCUAAAUUGUAGAAAAAAAUACAGUGAAAGAAAAUGUGAAGUAUCAUAUAUUUCAGCUUAUAAGAUUCCACUUGAUUCAUCCUAAAAAAACACAAAAUAGUGGGUUGUCCUAUUUGUCAGAUACAGAAACAAUGACCUUAAAAUUUUAUGAUAAAUACCAUAAAUAAAUACACCAACCUCAAAAUAAUGAAUCUUCAAAAGUUUCUGCCAUCUUCAGUCUUGAAAACAGUUGUUGUGGUAGACACAUUUAAUUUAUUUUGCAUUAAAAUAUCUCUCUCUCUCUCUCUCUCUCUCUCUCUCUCUCUCUCUCUCUCUCUCUCUCUCUCUCUCUCUCUCUCUCUCUCUCUCUCUCUCUCUCUCUCUCUCUCUCUCUCUCUCUCUCAUACUUAAACUAUAUUGGAACACACACACACACACACACAUAGACACACACACAGUAGGUACACAGAACCUUGAUUCACGAACUAAAUUCAUUCCAUGCCUUGGUUCGCAAACCAAGUUGUUCACAAACCAAAACAAUUUUUUACAUUGAAAUUAAUAUAAAUGUAAUUAAUCUCAGAAAUGCUAUUUUCACAUAUUUAUUUAUUUAUUUUUCUAUUUAUUUAUUUAUUUAUUUAUUUAUUUAUUUUUUUUUUUUUUUUUUUUUUUUGUGUGUGUGUGUGAUGAAUAGUAUAGAAUAAAACUGAAAUACAUGUCCUUAAAUAUAGACAAAUAACACUAAAUUAAAUAAAAAGGUACUAUAAUUUACCUUUGUUGUUUAUAGUUGCUGGCAUGGGUGGAUGGUAAGGGAGGAGAGGAAGAGGAGGAAGCUACUGAAUUUUGGGUAAAAGACUGCUGCCUGCUUCCUCCCCUCUUUGCUCCAUACACACACACACACACACACACACACACACACACACACACACACACACACACACACACACACACACACACACACACACACACACACACACACACACACACACACACACUCUCUCUCUCUCUCUCUCUCUCUCUCUCUCUCUCUCUCUCUCUCUCUCUCUCUCUCUCUCUCUCUCUCUCUCUCUCUCUCUCUCUCUCUCUCUCUCUCUCUCUCUCUCUCUCUCUCUCUCUCUCUCUCUCUGGAUAUAAUGAAUUUUUGUCUUUAACAACCCGACCUCCCCAUAUGUGUUCAUUACUGGUAAUGUUCUGUAAUUUACAAUAACUGAAAGAAUAAUCCAGGCUCUUUGGGCCAAGAGACUGAGCCAGCGGUGACAUCUGACACUUUUCUCCUUCUUAGGUGGCAUAAUGGGAGCUAAAAUAACACAAAAAAGGAGAAAAAAUAAUGUUUUUGAACAUGGCACUCACGAACAAUGUUUACGUUAAGCACCCCCCUAUGCACAAAUGAGCACGAGGUUCCAUAGAUUGUGUGUGUAAUGUGUGUUCCUACCCCAAAGCAUCAUUCGUGAACCAAGCUAAAAUUGUUAUUCAUGAACUAAUUUGUUCGUGAUGUGGGGCAUUUGUGAACCCAGGUUCUACUAAUAUAUAUAUAUAUAUAUAUAUAUAUAUAUAUAUAUAUAUAUAUAUAUAUAUAUAUAUAUAUAUAUAUAUAUAUAUAUAUAUAUAUAUAUAUAUAUAUAUAUAUAUAUAGGCAGAUUGAUAUAUAGAUGGGUAGACAAAUAGCUAGAUAAAUACAGAUAUAGAUAUAAUGUGUAUACAUAACAUAUAUAUAUAUAUGUAUACAUACAUGCCCUGUUUAUUUAUCCCUUAAGGUGUGACUAAGACCUUUUCUGGUCUCUUGUAACGAGCAAACAUGUGUGUGUGUGUGUGUGUGUGUGUGUGUGUGUGUGUGUGUGUGUGUGUGUGUGAUGUUCUUGAGAUAGUGAAGAGAAAAGAGGAAAAUCAUAUGACAAUAUGAUAUUGGUAAUGAGAAAAUUGACAGUCAAGGAAGAAAACUAUUCAGAUUGUGAAGAUACAAGAAACUUACCACUAGAGAAGCAUGUAUGAUAGUGCAGAAACAUGCAGACUUCUGAAAUGUUAGAAAUAUUCAUCUACAUGGAUGAGGAAUCACCGAGAGAUCCAUUAGUGUCUGUAAUGUUAUAGAGGCUUGAAUUUGCUGUUUUGAUUUGAUCACUAUACAACAAAAUCAGAAUACAAACAGCUUCAACCAAACUGGCCCAGUUGUAAAAAAGAGAUAUUGUAUAAAACUAUGACUGAACACUGGAGGAGGAAAGAAGAAGUGGAGACAAUCAUGCUACUGAAAGCAUUUAGAAAAAUUAGAAAAUGUGGACAGGGAAAACUUUGACAAGUAAUGAUAGAACCAGGAGUCAUAAGUACAAAUUUAAAAAAAAAUUAGGCUCCUGCCUGAACAAUGUCAAGAAAUCCUAAAUAUGUGAAUCAUUGAUGUUUAGAAUGAGAUACAUGUGAAGGUGGUGUGUGCUAAGAACUGCCACCGGUCAGGAAUAUAUUCAGCAUUCUAUGUUAAUAUUUAAUCUUAAUAUUCACAAAACCAAAAGAAGAGAAAAUAGUUACUCAGGAAGUGAACAGAAUUGCUGCUCAAGACAUUCACUGCUGUAUAAUUUGAGCUAUACUCCUGGUUAUCACAUUAAAUUCAUCCAUGAAUAUGCAUGCAUUACACAGAAAUACAACAGACAUACUGAAGAACUUCUGGGAGAAAUUAAAAUGGCACAUAGCUUCCCAGAUCAACACCUUUCCUAUCUAGUCUAUUUUCACCUUCCUCCCUUUCCUUACUUUACUACAAGUAUAGAUAUACAUUUAAGUAUUAUUUCAGUUAAUAGCAUCUCCAGACUAAAUUCUUAUCACUGUAGAUCUCAUCUUUCCAAGUAUUUUUUAUCACUGAAUGAAGUUGACAAAUCAAGAAAUAAUUGUAAUAUCAAAUUUUGAAUGCUUAGGUGAUGUGUAGAUUGAAGUCUUAGUAAUAAAUUUGCUAGUGAACAGUUAAUUAAAUCACAAGAUGCCCUUAACUCUUCAGUCAUUAGAAGAUUGAUAAAUGGCAGUUAGGAGAAAUCCCAUCAUAUUCUUCAUGCAAGAUGUGAGUUGUAGACCCAGUUGUUGCAAGCCAAAUCUAAUAUUUUAGUAAAAAUAUAACUGAUUUUGCUGCAAGAGUUAUCAUAUUUAUUAAGAACAUGUCAAAAUUCGUCAGAAAAAAAAAAUUAAUUAACUAAAUAAAUUAAAACUACUCUGUUUACUGAAAUCAUACCUAUAUGUGAAAUCAUACUUAUAUACAUAUAUGAUCAAACCUGGCAUCCACAGAAUAUUUGCUUUGUCUAUUAUCAAUUUCACAUCUCCAGUUUCAUGUCAUAUGUAAGAUUCUACCUCUACGGUGAUGGGGUGAGUGUCAUGGGCAAUCUAGGAGAAUUGGGAGGGGAAAUAAUGGUCAUUGUCCUCCCAAAAGUAUGCAACCUUAAAUUUGGCUAACACUAUGUAUUCUUUGAGUACGAGUAUGGUGAGUGAAUGGUGUGGGUGAUGCAACUGACCGACCAGUCACAGCCCAAUACAUCACUCACUUCUAAGCUAAAGGGCAAGUGAAUCAAUCCAUGCACAGUGAUGUUACCAUCAUGUGAGCAUCUGCUACCUCUCAGCUCUUCUAUCUGAUAGCACUUAUAGACAUGCAAAGUAGCAAUAUGGCUGUGCUUGUUGUGUUUGCAUAAUGGCAUUAAAAUAUAGUUGCUAUACCAGCAAUAGGACAGGGAUGAGAGCAUGUGACAACAAAACCAUGAGGUGAAUUUCUUGUUCCCUCUGCCUUGGACCUUGUUGUCUUUCAGAUGUAUCAUAAAACUGUACAUUUAACUUAGUAUUGUAAAUUAUGAACUAUGUACUUCUUUAGAAAAUUUAUAUUUUUGUGUUAUUCAAGAUUGUAGAGAACUAGCCAUUUAUUAGCACAUAUCUUCUUGAUACCCUUAAGUUUAUGUUUUAAACUAGGAUGUGCAUGCUACACCUGAGUGUGUUGUAAGCUAAUAAAUGCAUUUUUUGUG